CAUCACUAGACAUCUGAACAUAUUUUUUUUACACAACCAUAGAUAACAAACCAAACUGUGUAUAUGUAUAUGAGAAUAUAACCAUAUCAUCAUUAUUAGCAGCCUAAUAUCCAAACAGUUCUAGUAGUAAAAACACUAAAAACACACACCGAAAACGAAAGAUAAAAUAAAAUUACAAAAAAAGAACAAAAUCCAAAAGAAAAAAAGAAAGAAGAAUAUUAUUUAUCCUGCCAAAUAAACUCUUGAAGGCUUAAAGCUUUCUUGGUCUUCUAUGGGAAUGAUAUAUUGUAGAAUUCCGUUUGUACAUCAACAUCAUCAGCAGCAACAAGAACCACAGCAGCAGCAGCACAAACAGAAACAGCUAACAACAACAAAUACCUAUACAACAACUAAAGCAGCAGCAAAAUGGAUGGCGAAAAUCGUAUAAUACUAAAUGUUGGUGGUAUAAGAUAUGAAACAUAUAAAGCUACACUUAAGAAAAUACCCGCCACAAGAUUGUCACGUUUAACUGAGGCCUUAGCCAACUACGAUCCAGUGCUCAAUGAAUAUUUCUUUGAUCGACAUCCUGGAGUUUUUACACAAAUUCUAAACUAUUAUAGAACUGGUAAGCUUCACUAUCCUACCGAUGUUUGUGGUCCGCUAUUCGAAGAAGAAUUAGAAUUUUGGGGUUUAGAUUCGAAUCAAGUGGAGCCAUGUUGUUGGUCCACCUAUAGUAUACACAGAGAUACGCAGAAUACCUUAGCAAUUUUGGAUAAAUUAGAUAUUGAUAAUGAAAAACCUUCCGAGGAGCAAGUGGCGAGAUUAUUUGGUUUUGAAGAUUCCAUAAAUAAGGGACAAUUAAAUUGUUGGCAGCGUUUAAAACCAAAAAUAUGGGCUCUAUUUGAUGAGCCCUCAAGUUCAACGGGAGCUAAGAUCGUUGCCAGCAUGUCCGUGUUUUUCAUAUUCGUUUCUGUGAUAUCUUUCUGCCUAAAAACCCAUCCGGGUUUUCGUGUAGACUUUACACCCACCAAUAGUCAGCCAACAUUAACAAAUUUACCAAUCAUACCUCAACAUCAAAACAUGCCGCCCACUUUAAAUGCGUCCUCGAGUCCUGAGUUCAAUGGCAGUAGUAGUGACGUACCUUUACUACAGCCCCUGUUUAAGGUCAUCAAUUACACCAGUCCCCUGGGUGGUAAUUAUAGUUCAGCUUUGGCCACGCCCAUAGCCACUUUCAGUUUGGAGAAAUCGCGGCGAAAUGAACGUACCAGACGGCAGUCGGAAGAUGCCCGUCAUGCUCAUGGUUGGCAUCAGUCAUUUGGCCAGCCGCAUGAGGCCUUCUUUUAUGUAGAGCUGGUGUGUAAUGUGUGGUUUUUCUUUGAGGUCAUCGUACGCUUUAUAGUUUCCCCCAAUUUGUGGCAAUUUGUCAAGUCGCCGGUGAAUAUCAUUGAUUUUGUGGCCACCCUAAGUUUUUAUACAGACGUUAUGCAAAGGAUGGGUGAAUAUACGGGACUAUGGGAGGCAUUUUCCAUUGUACGGAUAAUGCGUUUAUUUAAAUUGACCCGACAUUCGCCUGGUCUGCGCAUAUUGAUCCAUACCUUUAAGGCUUCUGCAAAAGAACUUACACUGCUGGUGUUUUUCCUAGUGCUGGGCAUAGUUUUCUUUGCCAGUUUGGCCUAUUAUGCUGAAAAACUGCAGGAUAACCCGGAAAAUCAAUUCAAAAGCAUACCAUUGGGUCUCUGGUGGGCCAUUGUAACAAUGACCACUGUGGGCUAUGGCGAUGUGGCACCUAAAACAUAUCCUGGCAUGUUUGUCGGAGCCUUGUGUGCAUUGGCUGGCGUCUUAACAAUAGCACUUCCGGUUCCUGUAAUUGUUAGCAACUUUUCCAUGUUCUACUCACACACCCAGGCUCGUUCAAAACUGCCAAAACAACGACGACGAGUUUUACCCGUAGAGCAGCCGCGACGCAAACGAGAACCAGGUCCUCAUCCGCGGGGCAGAACGCAUGCCUUCAAACAUGCUUCUCUUACCCAGGGUUCGGUGACCGGUGGCAUGCCCCAUUCACAUCAUACACCGCUAUUUAAGGAACCCUUUGCCACCGCAAAAAUUGAAACACAAACAGACAGCAUGAAUGGUGUAAAUGUUAAUGGUGUUAGUAUUAUAGAACGACCACAAGUACCCCUGACCGGCAUAGGUUGGAAUAUCACUAGACCUUCCGAAACAUCUAUACAGACAUCGCCUCUGAAUUUGAGAACGGGCCCUGCGGUCAUCAGCUCCGACUUUUUAAGCGUGCCCCCGGUACAAAGUUUACAGCCUCGAGCAGCCACCACCGGCAAUGAUUUUCUAAUGCCAUUGCAGCCCAAACUAUUGGCUAAUUUAGAACAAAAGGAUUCAGUUAAUGCCAUGGAUCAGGUUAAAUUCGAUAACCAACUUGCGCUCAAUGACAAGGAGAAUUACGAACAGCAGCAGCAUUUACAUCAAUUGCAUCAUGGCCUGCGUCAUCGCUCUAAUAUCAGAUCCAUGCUAAAUGUGCCACCUACUCUAAGUGUUAUAAAUGCCCAAAUGCCAAACUCAGAAAAUAACAUGCUAACUGAAGCUGAAAUCAAGGCCAAAUACUAUAAUAAUCUUAAUGCUGAAAAUUUGACUGACGAAACAAAAUGUUCUAGCAAAGAGAAUUCAUUUACAGCUGCACCAGCACAAACACUGCCUACACAUCACCCGCCCCUUAACAUAGACCAAUUACAGCAGCAGGAGCAGCAUCACUACCAUCAUCAACAACAACAGCAGCAGCUGCAACAGCAACAUCAUCAUUUGCAGAGUCUGCAGCCCAAGGUAACACUGCUGGAUGAUGGCAGUGAUCAGUGUGAGGAGUGCGAUGCAUAUCAAGAAACCAGCCAUCAUGACACGGACAGUGAAAAUAAUUUGGCAUUUAUAACAAAUGCCUCGACACCGGCUCUACAUGAAGAUCAACUGAACAAUGCCCAUGGCAAUGAAGACAGUUUAUUUACAUUUUCAAUGGACUUAAUUGGGGAAGAUUAAUUAAUUAUGGUUAAAAACUAAAAAAUAAAAUAA